ACGCAUUCCGUCAAGCCAUCGUUAUCCCGGUGUUUACUGUUCAGUUCAGUGUUCAUUUUUUUCUGAUUCCGCUUUUUGGUUGAAUUAUCUCGACGCCAUACAUUGAUUUUCAGUACUUUUACUCGCAAGUCUUUAAUAUGGAUUCCAGUUCAAGUGAAAUUGAAAAUCAAUCAGAUUCCAGUUCUCAAGCUGAUGAACAGGAAGAGGAAUAUUCUGUGGAAAAAGUUUUAGACAAGCGUAUAAGAAAUGGCAAAGUGGAAUAUUAUCUUAAGUGGAAUGGUUACAGUGAGUCAGAUAAUACUUGGGAACCUGAAGAAAAUCUUGAUUGUGAAGAAUUGAUUAAAGAAUUUGAAGAUGAUUUAGAAGAACAAUUGAAAAUAAAAAAGGAACAACUAGAGCGUAGUAACCGUAAACGUACAUCAUCUAAUUCUAUUGAUACAAGUUAUGCAGCGUCAGAUGUUGGUCCAUCUAAAGAACGUAAAAAGAAGUCUCCUCUACCGGAAAAAAAAGUUUAUAAAGUUGAGAAGUCGGAUAAAUCCGACGAGGCUGAAGAUAAUGAUGACGGCAAUGAUAACGUUAACGAAAAUGAUAAUGAUGAUGUUGAAGAUGAUAUCGAGAGUUUUUUUGGUAGUAAAGAUAGUGAUAAUUCCAAUUCUUCGAUUUCUUCUGUAGAUGAACCUGACAAAAUUAUUGGAGCAACUGAUUCUAGUGGCCAAUUGAUGUUUUUAUUAAGAUGGAAAGGAGAGAAAGGAGAUGAAAAGACUGAAUUAAUUUCAUCUAAGGAGGCUAAUGUAAAGUAUCCACAAAUUGUCAUCAAGUUUUAUGAAGAAAGACUUUCAUGGUAUCCUCCUCAAAAUUCAAAUAAUGCUUAACUAUUAUGAGCUGGAUAAGAAAGACAAGAAUUCAAAAAAAAAAAUUUUAUUUUAUAUCCUAUUGAAAUGUCUUCAAUUAUUUUAUG